AUGAUCUUUUGCUCUUUUUCCUCGUCCUUCGUUAUCCCCUUUCUCCUCACACUUGCAACCAUUCUUGUAGUCACCUUACUCAUCAUUCUAAAGCAGAAGCUAUCCAAAACCGCCGCCGUUUCAAACCUGCCGCCGGGCCCAUGGAAGCUUCCCAUCAUAGGAAACAUCCACCAGAUGGCCGGCGACCAACCCCACCGUCGACUCAGAGAUCUGGCCCGGAAAUAUGGUCCCGACGUGAUGAGCCUUCAGCUCGGGGAGCUCUCUUACAUCGUGAUCUCAACUCCUGAAGCCGCCAAACUAGUGAUGAAAACCCACGACGUAGCUUUUGCUUCCAGGCCUUACCUAUUAGCCGCGGACAUACUCUCCUAUGGUUUCAAGGACAUAGUUUUAGCGCCCUAUGGAGAACACUGGAGGCAGAUGCGCAAGAUCUGCACGCUCGAGCUUCUCAGCGCGAAACGAGUUCAAUCUUUCCGACACAUCAGGGAAGAAGAGGUGUCCAAUCUCGUGGACUCUCUUACUGCAGCUUCAGGGGAGCCUGUGGAUCUCACUCGGAUGUUGUCCACAGUAACGAGUUCCAUAACUUCCAGGGCCGCAUUCGGUAAAGCGCAAGAACUAACCGAUGCUUUUAUGGUCGUGAUCGAAAAUAUUUCGGAUGUUCUUGCAGGUUUCAGAAUCUCCGAUCUCUAUCCUUCUCUCAAGUUGCUUCCGGCCCUCACCGGGUUCAAAGCUAAGCUAGAGAAGAUGCGCAAGGCAUCGGAUUCUGUACUGGAUCAAGUGAUUGAGGACCAUAAAUCCAGAAGAAGGGCGGGAAGAAAUGGUGAUGGUGAAAAAGAGGAUCUUGUCGAUGUCCUUCUGAAUCUUCAAGAGAAACAGAAUCUUGGUGUACCCAUCACAACGGAGGUCAUAAAAGCAAUCACUUCGGAAAUGUUUCUGGCGGGCAUCGAGACAUCAACAACGGUAAUGGAGUGGGUCAUGUCAGCAAUGAUAAACGAUUCGAGAGUGCUACAAAAAGCACAACAAGAGGUCAGACAAGUAUAUGGUGGUGAUGAUGGCAAAAAUCAUUUCGGCGAAGCCAAGCUUGAUCAAUUGAAGUAUUUGGAUAUGGUUAUCGCCGAGAGUUUAAGACUGCAUCCACCGCUUCCUCUGCUUAUUCCUAGAGAAAAUCGAGAUAAAAAUGUGAGUUUUGGUUCAUAUGAGGUUUCGGUGAACACCAACGUCAUCGUGAACGCUUGGGCGAUAAAUCGAGAUCCUCGUUACUGGACAGAGGCGGAGAGGUUCUUCCCGGAAAGAUUUGUGGAUUGCCCAAUCGAUUAUACGAGUACCGAUCUCCAGUUCAUUCCAUUUGGUGCUGGAAGAAGGAUGUGUCCCGGGGUUUCAUUUGGAAUGAAGAUCGUGAAACUUACUCUAGCAAGUUUGAUUUUUCAUUUUGACUGGAAACUUCCCGCUGGACAAAAAAACAUUAAUAUGACGGGAUGUUUUAGAGCGACAUUGAGAAGACAAUAUGCUCUCCAUCUAAUUCCAAUUACGUACGGUCGCGUGCUUCCUUAG